CUGGGGGUGGGGUGAGGGUAAACUGCCUUUCAGCAGGGUUUGCUUCUAGGAAAUUGCUUCUGGCUACAGUCAGUUUGGAGGCAGGCCCAGAUUCCAGGCAGGGCUCUGCCUCUUACCAGCUGUGUGCUCCUGGGCAAAUCAUUUCCCCCCUAGAACCUUGGUGUCUUAACAGCAGUGGGGAAGAAGGUAGAUGUUUGUAAAAUGCACCUGGAACAUUUUUGGCACACAGAGAGGGAGGGAGGCCGUGGAACUGCCCCUUGCUACCUGACCUGCCGUCUCCCCUCUUUCCCCCCUCCAGGGUUAUUGUUAGGGGCUCAGUGCCUGCACCACAAAUCCACUGCUCCUGAUGGCCAAUUAAAAAAAAAGUGUUGUUGCUGUUAUUGUUGUUGUUGGAUAGGACAGAGAAAUUGAGAGAGGAAGGGAAGACAGAGGGGGAAAGCUAUAUACCUGCAAACCUACUUUACCACCUGGCCUGGUGAAGCGACUCCCCGCCUGCAGAUAGGGAGCCGGGGGCUGGAACCUGGAUCCUUGAGCCAAUUCCUGCGCUUCUCACUGUGUGUGCUUAACCCAGUGUGCCACCGCCUACCCUUCCCUUUUAAAAUUUUAUUAUCUUUAUUUACUGGGUAGAGACAGUCAGAAAUUGAGAGGGAAGGGGGAAGAUAUAGAGGAUGAGAGACACCUGCAGCACUGCUUCACCACUGGCAAAACUUCCCCCUGCAGGUAGGGGGUGGGGGCUUGAACCCAGGUCCUUGAGCACUCAACCAGGUGUGUCACCACCCGGCCCCCCUCCCCUCAUUCUUUCUUGAUUUCCCUGUAAUCUCUGAACCAUCUGGACCAUUGUUUGUCAGAGAAAGAUCAUGCAGAGUGGUUAACAAAGCUGCCAGGAAGCAGCUUGGCCUGGGUGGGCUGAGGCUGGAGAGGGGAGGAACAUGGGCACAUUUGAAACGCUCCAGGGUGGAGGUCCAGAGGAACUAGGCUAGAUAGCAGAGCUGCCGGCCAGGAUAACUCCCACAGGGGAUUUAUCUACUCCUUCCCAGAGGUCCUACGGAGCUAGUCAGCUUCGACGUUCAUCCGUGCAGCCAUGGAGACCCUAGGUCCCGGGGACCACCGCGCCUCGCCAGCCUCGUCGUCCACUGGCAGCCUGGACUUGCGGCGGCUGUCAGGGCGCGCGGACUCGGCCUACAGCUCCUUCUCGGCGGACUCGGGCUGUCCCGAGCCGCGUUCGCUGUCGCCCGGCACCGACCUCCUCCCCUACCUAGACUGGGACUACGUGCGCGUGGUGUGGGGCGGCCCAACCUCGGGGGCGUCCGCGGGCCUCCCCGCAUCCCCACCGCCCCUCCCCGCGCACGAGCGCAGCGCGCCCGGGCCUCCCCAGGCUGCGGGGCCGCUCAGCAGGCAGGCCACCCCGCUGCUGUACGCGCUGGCGGCUGAAGCAGAGGCGGCGGCGCGGGCUGCCGAGCCCCCCAGCCCGCCGGCCGCCAGGGCUGCCUACCGCCAGCGGCUGCAGGGCGCACAGAGGCGAGUGCUCCGGGAGACAUCCUUCCAGCGCAAGGAACUCCGCAUGAGCCUGCCCGCGCGCCUGCGGCCCACCUCGCGGCCCACCGUCUCCGCGGAGCCCGCCACCACGCACACGCGCUCCUUCUCGCUCAGCCACCCAGCAGUGGGAGUGAAGCCUGCGGAUGCUCCCGCCCCCACCCGCCAGCAGAGGCAGUGGUGCUUCUCUGAGCCAGGGAAGCUGGACCGAGUGGGUCGGAGCAGUGCAUUGGUGGGGGAAUGCCCAGGUGAGGCCUGCUCCAGUCCUAGCCUCGCCAGAUCCGAGCCCCAAGAGUUGCAGAAGCCGGCGCUAGCAGACUUCCGAGGCCACCAGGUCAGAUGGUUGCCCAAGACCCAGCCCCGAAGCACGGAGGACUCAGAACGUGGGUCUCAGAAGCUUAGCUACAGACCUGCCAGUCGGAGUCUGAGUGCUUCAGGAGAAGGCUUGGAUCCCUGGGGAGAGCCAGGAGGGGCAAAGUUUAUUGUCCAGGCUGUUCCCCAAGAGGCAGGAAUCUCUAGACCAUUGUACCAGAACAGACAUCCCAGGUUCUUUACUAAGAGGGAGGCUGCUGUGGCGUGUCCUGCAGAGGGUCCCCAGAGCAGCCUUGCUGACUGUACGAAGAGGGUCUCAGAGACCUGCACUGUAUCUCUUCGGCUCCCCUCCGUUCCUGAUGAUGAUGAAGUUUUCCCCGAAGAAGCUCCACCGGCCAGAAUGAGAUCACCUGAAGACUCCCAUGUCUCCCUGGGGGUCCUAGUCAGUGUCCACACAGACCAGCAGCCUGGAGUUGGCUCCAACAGAAGUGCUGACGAGGCAGCAGCCCCCUCAGUAGAUCCUCUCCGCGAAUCCCCGGAGACUGCAAAGGCAGACAGCUGCUGGCAGGAGUUAAACAGUUGUGUGGACGUCUCCAGGGCCACAUGCUAUAGCCCCUCUGGGACUGCAAAUGGUGACACCCCAACUACUGACUCCACUGAACUGCUGACCACUCAUCUUCCUGCAGCAUCAGAGAGUGAACCCCUCAAACCUCUCCUAGCUGAUACCCUGGGACCUCCAGACAGUGAUACCCCAGGCUCUCCUGAUCACACUGCUCUGGCCCUGGCCAUUGGUCAGACUAGUUCCAGGCCAGCAUGGCCCAGUCCCUGCCUUCAGGAGCUGGUAAAAGAGCUGGCCAGACUAGACCCCUCUCUGAGUGACACUUUCACCACCUAUUCCAGUCCUGAGCCACUCCUCACCCUGCUAGAUGGGCUGGUUCCUUUACCAGAAGUCAGGGCUGCAAUGAGGCCAGUCUAUGGGGAGGCUGGAGAGGAAGCUGCUGGCACUUCUGAGUCAGGGUCUUAUCUAUUUAGUUCCACCCAGCUUCUGUCAACUUCUCAGGAGGAGGCAAGGCCUGAAAACCUGAUCACCUGCCCUGCACCUCCCCAGCCAUGUGGGCAGGGGCUUCCUGAGCCUAGUAAUAGCAACCAAACCAAAAAGAGAUGCCUGGCAGACCUUCUGAAAAAGAUGCUACAGGACCUUCAGACAGAGCAGGAGCAGCUGCAGAGGGUGGCUCAGGCCUGGGCCGAGAGUAGUGCUGCUCUGGAGGCGGCUGUCGGCCAAGCUUGUGCCCCUCGGGAGCUGGAGCGUUUCAGCAGGUUCAUGGUUGACCUAGAGAGAGUUCUCGGCCUCCUGCUGCUGCUAGGUAGUCGUUUAGCCCGAGUGCACUGCGCCCUAGCCCGGCAGGAUGCAGACAGUGACCCUGAUGAGAAGGCCUCUCUGCUGCAACGACUCCGGCUCCUGCAGAGGCAGCAGGAGGACUCCAAAGAGCUGAAGGAGCAUGUGGUGCGGCGUGAGCGGGCCCUGCGCGAGGUACUAGUGCGGGCUUUGCCGGCCCAGGAGCUGCGCACCUACUGUGCCCUGCUGGCCCGGAAGGCUGCCAUCCUGGCCCAGCAGCGCAGCUUGGACGAGUGUGUUCGGCUCCUUCAGGACCAACUAGAUGACCUCAGGAGUGACCUGGGCCAGCAUCCUACUUCUCCGAGACUGGCCUGGCCUCCAGGGACUUGUCCUAGAGACAAGUCGCCCAUCCCCCCUCUCCUCACUUAGUUACAGGCUAUAGGGGGUGGGGAACCCUGCCCCAGUCUUGCCCAUGGACGUUUGUCCUGUGCCUUUCCCUUGGAUUGCGGAAGACCUGUUCCCAGAGUUGUCAGGAUUCUUCUUCCAAGUGUCCUCGUGGUUUUUCUUACCCAAGUCUUGUGCUUUAUUUGAUAAUUAAUGGAUUUGAUAGGCUACACUAUCCCAACCCCAGCUUUCUGUAUGUGUGAUGAGAAAAGAACUCCCUUAGUUGUUUGGAAAGAGAAGAGACAAGUGAGGAGCACUCCAAUUUAAUGCAAACCAGUCUUUUUUUUUUUUUUCCCCAAUAAAAAUUCAUUCAAGAAGUAUA